AUGAACAACAGUCCUGUGUUUCCUGCAGGAGUGACAGACCACACAAAAAGCAGCAACAGGGACAUUCCCAUCCACAUCAGUAACAUCACCCUAAAAGAUGCUGACACCUACUUCUGUGUGAAGUUCAGGAAAGGGAGCCCUGAUGACGUGAAGUUUAAGUCUGGUCCUGGGACACAGGCGACUGUGAGUGGAACCACAGAUGGGAAGUUUCAGGUGCAACAAGCUGAGAUGUCGGAGACUGUAUUAACUGGGGACACACUCACCUUGAGUUGUACUGUACCAGAUUCACUCCCAAAUGGACCCGUCUUGUGGUUCAAGGGAACUGGAGCAAACCGGAAAUUAAUCUACGACUUCCAUAAAGGUCUCUUUCCCAGGGUAAAACCAAUUGGAGACACCACCAAAGCUGGCAACAUAGAUUUUUCCAUUCGCAUCAGUGGUAUCACUCUUGCAGAUGCUGGCACCUACUACUGCGUGAAGUUCCUGAAAGGGAAACCUGACAAGGAGUAUGAGUCAGGUCAGGGCACUGAGGUGUUUGUGCAUG